ACAAUUGAAGCACGUGUAGUGGGUGGUCCUCGGCACACGGCUUUCACGUGGCUCUAGCGAGCGGCAGUCCGGGGCAACAACAGGAGACCACAUCAGCAUGGCUGCGGAGAUGGAGCCCUCUGAUGUGAUCCGCCUGAUAAUGCAGUACCUCAAGGAGAACAACCUCUACCGAACACUGACCACCUUACAGGAGGAGACCACCGUCUCACUCAACACAGUGGAAAGCAUCGACAGCUUCAUUGCAGAUAUAAAGAGCGGCCACUGGGACUCCGUCCUGCUGGCUAUCGAGUCCCUCAAGUUGCCUGACAACACACUGAUUGACCUUUAUGAGCAGGUAGUAAUGGAGCUCAUUGAGAUGAGGGAGAUUGAAGCAGCUCGCUCGCUCCUCAGACAAACCGACCCAAUGAUCAUGUUGAAGCAGACGCAGCCAGAGAGGUACAUUCAUUUGGAGACCCUGCUAACAUGCGUCCACUUUGACCCUUGCGAGGCGUACCCAAAUGGCGGCAGCAAGGAGAAGCGGCGCAGGGAAAUAGCCGAGGCUCUGGUGAGAGAGGUCAGCGUGGUUCCCCCUUCUCGCCUCAUGGGGCUCCUGGGACAAUCUCUAAAGAUACAGCAGUGUCCAGGUAAUCUGUUCUCUGACAUGGCCAUCGACACAUCUGCCAACAAGGACAGACAUGUGGAGAAGGAGAGCUUUCCAACACAGCUGUACCGCCACAUCAAGUUCGGGCGUAGGUCACAUGUAGAGUGUGCCCGUUUUUCUCCCGAUGGAAAGUACUUAAUCACGGGAUCGGUGGAUGGGUUCAUCGAGGUCUGGAACUUUAAUACUGGAAAAAUAAGUAAGGAUUUAAAGUACCAGGCCCAUGAUAGCUUCAUGAUGAUGGAUGAUGCUGUGCUGUGUCUGUGCUUCAGUCACGAAACAGACCUACUGGCAACUGGGGCUCAGAAUGGCAAAAUAAAGGUGUGGAAUAUCGAGAGCGGUUUGUGUCUGCGCAGGUUUGAACAUGCACACCACAAAGGUGUGACCUGUCUGAACUUCUCCAAGGACAACGACCUGAUCCUCAGUGCCUCCAUUAACCAGACCAUCAGAAUCUAUGCGCUGAGGUCAGGCACGACACUAAAGGAGUUGAAUGGUCAUUCAUCGAUUGUGACUGAUGCUUCUUUCACUCAAGAUGGAUUUCACAUCAUCAGUGCCUCCUCUGACGGCACGGUUAAGAUUUGGAAUACAGAAUCCGGAAAAUGCAUCCACACUUACAAAAAUCUGUCCCACACAUCAGAAGUUCCCGUCAACAACGUGAUUCCUCUGCCCCAAAACCCAGAGCACUUUGUGAUUUGUAACCGCUCCAACACGGUGGUCAUCAUGAGCAUGCACGGUCAGACUAUUAAGACCUUCAGCUCAGAUAGAGAGGAAAGGGCCAAGUUUGUCUGCUGCACGCUGUCCCCCCGAGGGGAGUGGAUUUACUGUGUGGGGGAGGACUUAGUGCUCUACUGCUUCAACUACACAACGGGGAGGCUGCAGAAAACUCUGACUGUUCAUGAAAAAGCUGUAAUUGGCAUCGCUCACCACCCACAUGAGAAUCUGAUCGCUACUUACAGUGAGGAUGGACUCCUGAGGCUUUGGAAACCUUAA